GGAUUCUUUUCGGUGUAUGGCUUUGUAUUUGCGGCAGGCAAGCGGCAAAAAAUGCAAAUAAUAACAACACCAAUCAAAUACAGCAUCAUUUUCUAAAAUAAAUAAAAAUAUUUGCUGUAUUUAGGACAACCUUGUUUCAGAAUAUUAAAUCCAUUUUUCGAAAAUGACCUCUAAUUUCCACAGCGCGCAACAUCCACUAGAAAUUAUUGCAAUUAAAGACAUAUACCCAGGCUUGAAAAAUAUUAAUGCAAUCUUCAUAGUGCUUGAAGUAGGUCCCGUAACACUGACAAAAGAAAACCGGGAGGUUCGAACAUUCAAAGUAGCGGAUCAGAGUGCUGCAAUCAACGUGUCGAUAUGGGACGAGCCGGGCAAGCUGUUGAUGCCGGGAGAUAUUGUUCGUUUGACCAAGGGGUAUGCCGCCGUGUGGCGUCAGUGCUUAACGCUUUAUUCGGGAAAGAACGGAGAAAUACAUCGGCUGGGUGACUUUUGCUUCACCUUUAAUGAAAUGAUCAACAUGAGCGAACCAAACCCGAGUCUAACUGGAGGAAAUCCCCAAGUGCAUGGCAAUGGAGGUAGUACAACGGGAAAAGGUGCUCGGCAGCCGGCCCCCAAUGAAGCUGGGCCUUCUGGUUUGCAGGGUCAACCGGCAGCAAAAGUUGCCUCCCAGGGGGCUAGAUUUGCGGUUCCAGAACAAAGUAAAUCUCCUAAGAAUGCCCCCCGAACGGGUCGGAGUGGUCAAGCUAAGGGCAACUCUGCUAAAAACGAAAGAAGAUAGUUUAAAUACCGGGUAAAGUAGGUUUAAGAAAAAUGUAUUAGGAUUGUGCUCUUGAACCCUCA